CUUUCCUUUGUACUGUGAAUUGGAGCUUUCUCCCUCCAUCACACAACCUUCUCAUUCCUCCUUAUUUAACUUACAUUUAAUAAUGGGGGGUUGUGUGAGCGGUCCAAAGGAUGUUGCCUUGAACGAAGGAGAGGAGGCUCCCAUUGAAACUCCUGUCACACCACCGAAUGUUGAGGAAAAGGUCGAUGUUGCUCAGGAGAACAACCAAGAAGAGGCUGAGAAGAAUGAAGAGCCUUUGGUAGAUGUCUCCGACUCUAAAGAGGAGAAAGUGGAAGCCAAGGUAGAGGAAGCUGAGGUUGUUGCUGUCGUUGAGACCAAGGAACCUGAAAAGGAAGAAGUUAAGGUUGAAGCUGUAGUUGAGACCAAGGAACCUGAAAAGGAAGAAGUUGAGGCAGAACAACCCAAAGCAGAGGAGAAAACCGAGGCAACUCUUGUAACUGUGUAAUCGCAUUACUUGUAACUCUUAGUACUACAUGGUUCAGGGGCCAUCUGAUUCAUAUCAUUCCACUUCUUUGAGCAAGACAUUUCAAUAAUAGAAACUUAUUUUUUAUUUA